AUGGCGCGUCGCCUUCCCGGGGCCAAGAUGUGUAGCCGUACGAUACAACAAGCACCAGAAACAGUACACCAGCGACAGUCCACCACCAACACUCCUCCACAUAUGCGCCGAGUCCCGGCAGAUCUUCCUGUCCACUUACGAGAAGCUGAUGUUUUCUCCAAAGCACGAGUCUUCCGUAUACGUCGACUUCUCCCAAGACACGAUAUACUUCGACAGCCUAGCGUGCAGUCCGGACGGAGACCUGGCCUUCGAUUUAGCCACAAGCCUACAAAGCCAGAAGAUAUUAUUCUGUGCGAUAGAUGCUCAGCUCUGGGAGGUGCUCAGGAUAUUCCGAGAUGGCUACCUCAGCGAGGUGGCGCAGUUGCGGAAUUUGAAAACCAUCGCGUUGGUCCUGCGGCAGGAUUACGAUAG